AUGUACCGUCAUCUACUUGGCCGGAGGAAGACAUUGUCCUUCCUUCUCCUCCCAUACCUUGCCCAGUCAGUCCUUGCCAUAUGGCCCUUUCCACCCAAGAGAUUCUCGGGCAACACUCUUGUCGACGCUGGGUCUAUGGGGAUCAAUGUAGAUGGUCGAAUCGUGGCAUUUGGCGAUUUCGACGGCGACCAAUUUCUUGACGCGCUGACUCUUGACUCCGACCAACGAACGCUCACAGUUCACUUGUGGAAUCAUGAGGAGUUUUCCUAUCAAUCUACGCCCCCCAUCAAACAUUCCGACAAAGUCUACAACGUUGUACCUGGGGACUUUACGCAUUCUGGAAAACUUGAUCUCCUUGUUAUGUCGAGAAGUUCCAGCCAGCAACUUGACCUCUUCGUAUACCCCGCACUUCCUGCUGGUGGCUUUGAUGCAUCACAUCCUCUGACUGUUCCCGCUUCUUCUCUUUCACAACCAAUACCCAUUGAUGUCGACGGCGACAUGAAGAUAGACCUUUUAGGAAUGACUCCUUCAUCUCAAGGCUCCAGCUCACCACUACAAGUCUGGCUGAAUACUUGGAAUGCCUCAGAAUCACAAUCCUCCUUGUUCGACAUUCGCGAGCCUGCGUUCAGAGGAGCGCAAUGUAAGCCCGCGAAUCCACACAGUAACGCCGUCGUGGACUUCGAUGGUGAUUGUCUAGCAGACCUUUUCCUUCUUUGUGAUGAUGGGCGAGGUGGAAUGACAUAUCAGAUAUGGGUAAAUAAGAAGACAGAAGGAUUCUCUCUGGCCUUACAAGGCGCGAUGCCCGCUGGGGUACAAUCUGUGUCUUUUGCCGAUAUCGACCGCGAUGGGACUAUGGACAUGGUUUUCACAACGUGCUCAUCUGUCUCCUCGUCCACCGGUGUAGGGAGUGAUUGCGCCAUCAAUAUCGCGUACAACAAGCAACUGCCGCUCUGCAAGGGACUGGGGUCAAGCACUGGGUCAUGUCGCCCUCCGGAAGAGCUGUGCACAGCUGACUCUACAUUUACAUUCGACCUCUCACAAAGACCAGAUAACGAGUAUUUCGCUCGGAUUCUGCUCCAAAGUUUGCUCCCCGGCUCCUCGCUACUUGUAACUGAUGUUACCCAAACACCUUCCGUCCCUAUUCCCCUCAAGCUUGGAGACACUAACCUCGAUGGAUUCCCUGACUUGUUGUUCAUUGCUGUCUCCGGACAAGACCAUACUCCCAAAAUGGUUAUCUCUACUCCUUGUGGCUCUGGCGUUGUUGGUUGCAAUCGCGGGCAUGGUUGGAGUGUUGUGAAAAAGGGCACCGAAGCGCUUGAUGCCAUCAAAGACGCUCGAGGGGUCGCUUUCUUGGACAUUGACGAAGAUGGUACCCUUGACAUACUGGUGCAACGGACUGGCGCUGCGGGCCGCGGCAACAUCCAAUUUGUGCAAAAUAACUUUUACUAUGACGCGUUCUUCUUGAAAGCGAUUGUGUUGAAUGGCGCGUGCGGCAAUGGAUGGUGUUACGGACACAACGCAAGCGACAAAUAUCACCCUUAUGGCGUCAGCUAUUCCGGGGCUUCCUACAAGUACACCGUUCUGGACACGAAGGGCGGUCGUCAUGCUGCGCAAGUUGCUCAACUUCCUCAAACAUCAUACCAAUCACUCCAAACCCCGUAUUCCUUCUUUGGCCUCGGGCGCACGAACAACUACAUUGAAAACCUAUUUGUCGGGUCGACGAUCCACACACAACAGCACUUCAUCAACAUCGAGGGAGUGAUACCCAACUCGAAACUGGUUAUUCUCCCGCCAUCGAAGACAGGCGAUGCCUGGAAACGAGAACUGUUCUUGCGACCUGGGGAAUGGACGCCGUAUGUGACAUUGACGACCGCGGUGGGCACACUGCUGUUACUGUCGAUCAUAUGGCUCGUGCUACAUUUGAACGAGAAACGCGAGGAUGAGCUGGAGAGGAGGAGAGCGUCACACCAUAUCAACUUUGAUGCUUUAUGA